AUGUUCGACGUGAAUCUGGGCUGUGACGAAGAAGCAAGACAACUCCUCCAAGCCAGCUUGACUGAUCCGCCUAUACGACACGCAGUCAUGUCUCUCAGAGCUCUUCGGGAAGAUCUCGAGACGUCCGGAGACGUUCCAGCGUCUAUCGCGCAGCAGACCCGAAGCUAUGACUAUGGCGUCCAGCAAUACUGUAUGGCUUUGGGAGGUCUUGCGACAAACUUGUUAUCUCCGGGUUCAAGCGGGUUGAAGUCGGCAUUACUUUGCUGUGAGAUCUUCAUCAGCAUCGAGCAAUUGCGGGGCAAUUACGCUGCUAUGGCCCAGCAUAUGGUUCGAGGACUCAGGAUCAUGCACGAGUACCGGGCAAGGCCAGGUUUUGUUGCCGCGAAUGAUUUGGUGCCAGCACAGCAUGACCAACUACCUCUCCUGGAUGUAUUCAUCAUCAAGCUGUUUGCUGCACCGUGUAAGUUCGCGGAUCCUCCAGCAACAGCCGACAUGAGCGGGACGACGGUGCCUGUGUGUUCGAUCGCGCCCGAUAUGCGGAGAGGGAUCACAAGGAUCGCGGCAUCGACGCUUGAAUUCCUCGACAAAGUGUCGCAAGUCGAAUCGAUAGGAGCCGCUCUUCGACUGCUAGCCGAGAAGACGGCCCUGUUGGGCUCCUUAGAAUCGUGGGUCAAUGCUCUUGACCACGUUCAGACGGAGAUCAGACCUCCUGUCCCGGAGCUUAUUUCGGUGUCUUUCAUGCGCUUCUUCCAUCGGACACUGAAAAUCGUUCUCUUGGGGGCACUAGACUCCUCACCAGAUCUUUACGCCAAACUGGGGACCGAGGACGACCAAUUGCAGGGUGUAGCUAAUAAUAUAGGGGAAAGAUUAAAGACUUGUAGAAUGAGUAGUGGAACUAAGAGUGGCUGA